AUGAUGGGAUCUAUUGGUAUGUUAGUAUUAAGAAACAAUUCUGAUACUGAAUUAGAACUAUACAUAUAUUAUUCAACAAUUCAAAUGACUCAAUUAGUUUAUGAAAAAAUAAUUCUUAUAACUUAUUCAAUUAUUCUUCUAAUAAGUAUAAUUCAAACAUUUUGGAAGAAUAAAUAUAUUGAUAAUUUCUUUACUUAUAUAAAUGAUGCUUAUUCUGAUGGAAAAUUUGUAUCAAAUCAAGUUUCUAUUGAUCAACAAAUAAUAACUUGUUAUCGAUUUGAUCAACGUUUCUCUUUAAUUCCAAAUCCUAAGCGAUUAAUUUUACCAAUUAUUACUACUCAUAUACAAAUAUUAUUAAUUAUUGCAAUUCAAACAAUAUUUAUUCGAAAAACUGAAUUAAUAGAAGAUGUUUGUCAUUUUAUUCACCAUAUGAAAUACUUCAAUGUGAUGAUAAUAAUGAUCCAUGUCAAUUAA